AUGCUAAAGCAGAUACAUUUGAACAUCCCUUUGGUGGACAUGCUUCGUGAGGUCCCAAAAUAUGCAAAAUAUAUUAAGUACAUAGUGGCAAAUAAAAGGAGGUUAACUGAGUUUGAGACCGUAGCACUUACUGAGGAGUGCACUUCCACGAUUCAACAUAAGCUUCCACAAAAGCUUAAGGAUCCGGGUAGUUUUACCGUCCCCGUGAGGAUUGGUGAAUUUGAUGUGGGUAGAGCCUUGUGUGAUUUGGGUGCAAGUAUCAAUCUGUUGUCGUUGUCAGUGUUCAAACAAUUGGGCUUAGGAGCUCCGAGACCCACCACAGUGAUGCUACAGUUAGCUGAUAGAUCUUAUGUUUAUCCUGAGGGGAUAAUUGAGGACGUCCUGCUGCAGAUUGGGAAGUUUAUUUUUCCUGCAGAUUUUAUCAUCCUAGAUUACGUGGCUAAUGAGUUAGUUCUUACCAUCUUGGGACAACCUCUUUUGGCCACUGGAGAUGCAAUUAUCAAAGUCCGAGAAAGUAAGAUAAUCCUGAGGGUGGACAAUGAAGAAACAGUCUUCAAUGAAGAAAAGCUCUUAAGUGUGCUGAGGGAGCACAAGCAUGCCAUUGAAUGGACGAUGUCUGACAUAAAAGGUAUUAGCCCUGCAUUCUGCAUGCACAAAAUACUCAUGGGGGAGGGACACAAGCCUAGCGUGGAGCAUCAACGCCGCCUUAAUCCAAUCAUGAAAUAG